AUGGCAGCAACGCUGCUCGCCACGUGCGGCCACUUCUUUGACCGCGGCUCCUCGCGUCGCCGCCUUGACCGCUUCCUGCUGCUCUUCCAGGCCUACGUGCUCGCCAAGCCCUCCGUGCCGCUCGACGUCGAGUUUGACCUGCAGGAUCUAUUCGCCAAGCUGCGGCCGCGCAUGAAGCGAUUCGCCACGCUGGAAGAGGCGCAGGCGCAGCUGCUGCAGGACGCUGAGCGGGCUGCCGGCAAGGGCGGGGCAGGGGGAGGCGGGAGAGGAGGGGAGGGCGCUGGCGCCGGUGCUGCUGCUGGGGCUGCAGCGGGGAUGGGAGGCGCGGCGGGAGGAGGGGGGGGAGGAGGGGGAGGGCUUGGGGUUAUCCCUGAGAAUGUUGAAGUGCAGAUGGAGCAGGGGGGGAAGGUGGGGGAGGGAGGGGAGGAUGAGAGGAGUGAUAGCGAGGAGGAGACAGUGGGAGGGGAGGAGGAGGAGGGGGGAGAGGAGGACGACGGGGAUGAGACGGGGGAUGGGGAGGACGGGGGAGGGGAGGACGACGACGACGAGGGGGAAACAGAGGGGGAAGGGGGCGCAGGGGGAGAAGCCAGCGAGGCGGAGGAGGGGGAGGGGGACGACGAUAAAAGAGAAAGCUGGAGAAGCGCGGGGCUGGCGUGCUGA